AAGUCAGUCUGAAGUCACAAAGUUCCUCUAACCUGCAGAACCACCGCCACCGAGCCAAGCAGUCCAGCAGCACUGUCCAAAGGAAAAUAAUCAAUCUGCGCUGAGAAGAAAACUCUUGAAAUUCCCCAAAUCAACUUUGGAUAAUUUCCAGAUAUACUAGCGAUUGAGAUCAGGUCUGCAGCACGGAGCAGCAGAGCUCGCACAAGGCUUCCCACUGUAGUCCGCCCAGAGCCAGACCCAGAGCCCUCCUCACAGACCCAAGCCAGCGAUGACUACUGUUACCAUGGCAAGGCUGCCAGCCCUCUCCCUCAGCCUCUUACUGGCUGUCCUGCUGCUCUCUGCCAUGGACACAGCUGCCCUCUUCCUGCCAGAGUCGGCUGAGCUCAGGCAGUUGCUGAGCCGGUACCAGGAUUCAGACCAGAACAGCACCGGCAACACGGUGGGCAGUAGGACCCGGCGGGCAAUCCAGUGGUCAGACCGCGACGAGAUCCUCCAACUGCACAACAAGCUGAGGGGAGGAGUCUACCCCACUGCCUCCAACAUGGAGUACAUGGUGUGGGAUGAUGAGCUGGAGCGCUCUGCCACCCACUGGGCUGAGGAGUGCCAGUGGGAACAUGGACCUCAGGAUCUGCUCAUGUCAAUCGGACAGAACCUGGCUGUUCACUGGGGCAGGUACCGCUCCCCAGCCUACCAUGUCCAGGCCUGGUACGACGAGGUGAAGGACUACACGUACCCCUACCCCCACGAAUGCAACCCCUGGUGCCCCGAGCGCUGCUCUGGGCCCAUGUGCACCCACUACACCCAGCUGGUCUGGGCCACCACGAGCAGGGUGGGCUGUGCCAUGCACCUGUGUCCAAGGAUGAACGUGUGGGGAGAAAUCUGGGCGAACGCUCUCUACCUGGUCUGCAACUACUCCCCCAAGGGCAACUGGAUUGGGGAGGCUCCCUACCAACAUGGUCGCCCGUGUUCCCAGUGCCCCCCCAGUUAUGGGGGAGGAUGCAGGGAUAAUCUCUGCUACAAGGGAGACUCUCAGCGCUCAGAGACCGAGGACAUGAAUGAGGUGGAGAAGGCCCAGGUGCCCAUUCCCCCUCGGACCACCACAGUCAAACCCAAACCCAAACCCAGGCCUGCUGCUCCCCAAAAGCCCUCAUCUCCCAAAGUGACUCCCAACCCUAGAUUGUCCUCUCCCAAGCCCUCCACCCCUAAACCCUCCGGCAGCACCUUCCUGGCUCAGAACAUCAAGUGUGAGACUAGAAUGCGUGACAAGUGCAAAGGAGCAACCUGUAACAGGUUCAACUGUCCUGCCAACUGUCUGAACAAGAAAGGCAAAGUGUGGGGGACACUUUUCUACAACGUGCAAUCCAGUAUUUGUCGCGCUGCGAUGCACUAUGGCAUCAUUGAUAACAGCGGAGGUCUGGUCGACACCACCAGGAAAGACAAGCUUCCAUUCUUCGUCAAGGCCACAAAGAACGGCAUCGAAUCUUUUAGUAAAUACAAGCCUGGCAAUGCGUUUGUGGUGGCCAAAGUGGAAAGACAGUCUGUGGACUGCUAUGCCACCGUGGCAGAGAUCUGCCCAUUCAAGAGGCCCUCUUCCAGCUGCCCCAGAGUUCUCUGUCCGGCCAACUGUAAGAGUGAACCUUCCUACUGGGCGCCUGUGAUUGGCAACAACAUCUACACAGAUAACUCCAGUAUCUGCAAAGCUGCCAUCCACGCAGGCGUGAUCAAGGCUGGCGGAGGUCAUGUGGACGUUCUGCCUCUGGAAAAGAAGAAAAGCUACGUGGGAGUCCUGAAGAACGGCAUUCAGUCUGAAAGUAAGACCAACACUGAGGGUGGAUCAUUCCGGGUCUUUGCUGUAAGGGAGUGAGUUGCUGUUUAUCAAGGGCCUCCCACCCACUCUUCCAGCGACAAACAAGGCUUUGGGGUCUGCUCUGCUCUCAAGAGACAGGAAAGGCCGGCAGGUUUGAUGCCACGGCAACACAUCUGUCUGUCUUCUAGCCCCGCCCUAGGUGGAAGCAGAUAUUCUUCUUGAACUAACAGACCCGUCUCCCUCUCUGCUAAUAAAUAGUAACCAAAUGCUACAAGGCAGUGUCUAAAAUCACAUUGGACCGUUGUGUCUCUUCUCCCUUUCAACUUCAUAUGUGGAUAUUACUCUUCUAAGAUGCACAUGGAGUUAAUGAAAUGUGCUGUGCAAUAUCAAGACACAUCAAACAGCUGGUGCUGAAUUAUAAGUGUCUUGACAGUUGCAGCUUGAUUUAAAAUCAAAUACGUAUAUCAUAUUUUAUAGAAAUAAAAUUGUUAUAUUGAAUGUUUCUAUUUUAAAAGCAAAUCAUUGGUCUCCAUACACAGGAAUGUAUAUUGACACUGUAUUUAAUCCUUCUGUACAGAGUUUAGGUUGAUGUUUUAAUGUGAUGGUUUUUUAGUUUUGUUCAUGUUAUAUUUGGUAGCCCGCCUAUUCUGUAAUUUUUCUUCUUUUACAAAAAUACUUUUGCUUUAGGCUCUGAUACUUGAGUUAGUUUGUGGAUGGCAGGCUUUCUUCUUGAAGUAGACAGACAGACAGACAGACAGACAGACAGACAGGUAGACAGACGGAAGCACAGAAGGGCAGUUUAGGAAGGGAGGGAAACAGGGGAGGAGGGAGGGCAAACCUCCAAGGAAAAGAAGUGUUUCCUGAAGAAAGCUGGUAGUGCCUCCAGUGUCAAUAAUGUGCAGCCGAUCUGGUGAAGGAGGAAAAACAACAAAUCUUCUGUCCACUGUGACCUCAAGAGGCAAUGGGUGCACGUUUGGGCUUGGCCUUUGAAAGUAUCUAUCCAGAAUAUUCACAUUUCAUUCAUGUUCUUUUUUGAGAAAAGGAGAACGUCUCUCCCUGUAUUUAUUGUAUCUUUUUUCGACCCCACUCUUCUAGUAACGUUGUACUUGGUUUAAUAUUUUCUGUAGAUUUAAGCGGUCCCCGCCCAAGACAGGUGAAUGUGUAAAUGUCCAUUGUAGGUAUAAGGUAGUAGGGUCAAUUGUUGUGUGGGAGAAGUGUGAGUGUGUGAGCCUAUGGUUCUCAUCAACAGCUUAGAUCAAGUUACCAUUCAUGCACUUAGGAAUGAUUUGUAAAAUACUCUGUGCCCACAGUGCACAGUUCCUUUUCAGAUACUCACACACACAGACGUAAUAAAAAGGCACUUAUCUUGGAGGCACGCAUGGGCGUAUUUCAGCUGGAGAAGUCUGGAGAUGUCCUUCUGACUGUUGAAAUUCAGUUUUGGACUUGAUUGUCAUGUGAGUGAAGUGGAAACCAUGUAAAUGUGCAGACUUUGUUGGUGUGUUGAUGGGAGACUCAGUGUGGAUAGAAAGAUACAUGGAAAGAAGCAAAGCCACCAUUAUGAAUCCCCAUCAAUGUCUCUCCUUUUCAUGCUUAAACCCUCUCUGAUUGGUUAUGCUACCUCAGUUCUAUCGCCUUGGUAGGUAAAUAAUAAAUGGGGAACCUUAUUGGAUUGUACAGCUGUGGGAAUUGUUUGUAAAUACAAUGAUCUGUGUUUUCUUCCUGUAUAAAAAAAGUAUAAUUUGUUUUUAUGGUUUUAUACAUGCAUUCGAUGGGUUUUGUACUUUUUGCACAAUUUGGAAAUAAAGUGAAUGAAAUAUUGAA